AUGAGACGCGACCGCGCGCGGUCGAUCGCGAUCGAUCUGAUCCUGUUCGCGUCGACGUUCGGGAUCGGGGCGUGGCUCGAGGUGGCGACGCCGCAUCAACGCUUCAUACAGGGCGAUUUGUUGUGGCGGUAUUCGUAUCCACACGGGGAAAAUACGGUGCCGGCGGUGGUGGUGCCGCUCAUCGCGUUCGUCGUGCCGUUGAUUUGCAUGCUGUUGAUGCCGAAGAGGUUGAAUCCGGCGGUGCACAAAGAACGGGCGAUCGGCGGACUGUGCGCGAGCGUCGGUUUGACUUGGGUCGUGACGUGCGCUAUGAAAAACAUCAUCGGAGGCAUUCGACCAGACUUUGUCGCGCGAUGCUGGCCCGAUGGGAACCAGGUGUGGGCCUCGGUAGGUGUGCCUUCGUGCUCGGGCGUGAAUGACGUCGUGCAGCAAGGACGGCGGAGCUUUCCAAGCGGGCACACGUCGAUGUCGUUUAGCGGCUUCGUGUACUGCUCGCUCUACCUCGCCGCUUGGUUGAAAAUAGGGGGGCAAGAUCGUCGAUUGGGGCGAUGGGAGGGUAUUUGGAAGUUAGUGAUAGUUUUAGCACCAACCAUACUCGCCGGUUUCAUCGGUUUGACGCGCAUUAGAGAUUACUGGCACCACUGGGAAGACGUCACCGUUGGCGCUUUGCUCGGCAGCGCGUUCGCGUACGCGGCGUGGGUACACAAACGACCUUACGCGAAGCGCGUUACUUUAGAAACUUACUCUCCGUUGGGUUUGAUGGACGACGAAGCCACGAGCUGCGGUGGGCAAUAG